UUCUCCUCUAGUACUAUUCUUUACCGUUCCUCUUCCUCCUCGUGCAUUUUUGCCAAAUAAAGAGCAGAGCAGAUAAAAGGAAAACAGGGCAGAUAAGAUAGGAACGUAGUAGAAACGUCACCUCUCAAUCCGGCAUCCUCUUUUACAGCCUUAGGAGGGAAGAAUUGCAAGCACUACGUUGUUCCAUCCCUCUUGCAUUGCAUAUCGAUUGCGACCCCUUCAACUCGAUCCAUCGAUCUGAUGUUCUGCGCUUUCAAGCUGAGGAGCCUCCUCUUCCUCUGGCGAGCCCUGACGUUGGCGUUGGUCUCCUUCAUCUCCUAUUUCCUCUGGUGAUCCAUCCCUGUGGCGGCUUGAAUUUUGGUUCUCCUCGGUUCGCCGUCUGGGAUUAGGGUCUUUGAUUCUUGUCAUGCAUCUCCAUCGCCGGUGGAGGGCCGCCGACGAUGAUGGGAUCAACAGGGGAUUACUAUGAGAUCCUCAACGUCGACCGGAGCGCCACCGAUGACGACCUCCGCAGGGCCUACCGGCGGCUGGCCAUGCGGUGGCACCCCGACAAGAACCCCGCCGGCAAGGCAGAGGCCGAGGCCAGGUUCAAGAAGAUCACCGAGGCCUACAACGUGCUCAGCGACGCGGACAAGAGGGCGGUGUACGACCAGUACGGGGAGGAGGGCCUGCGGGGGGAGGUGCCGCAGCCCGGCGGCGGCGGCGGCGGCGGUUCUGACGACAUCUUCGCCGAGUUCUUCGGGAGCACGCCGUUCACGUACUGCAACACGGCAGGUGGCGGUGGCGGCGGCAACGCGCGCGGCGGGAGGCAGCCCCCGCCGCCCCCGAAGUGGGACAGCGGGUUCGGCAGGGCGUACCGACGCGCCCAGGGUGGUGGUGCUGGUGCUGGUGCCGCGUCGUCGACCAUGGCGCCACCGCCGCCGCCCGUGGAGAGCAGGCUGGCGUGCACCCUGGAAGAGCUCUACAUGGGUGUCACCAAGAAGAUGAAGAUCUCCCGGAACGUCGUCGAUGCGAACGGGAUGAAGACAGAGUCGGAGAUUUUGUCGAUCGAGGUGAAGCCCGGGUGGAAGAAGGGCACCAAGAUCACUUUCGCCGGCAAGGGCAACCAGCAGUGGAACCAGCUCCCCGCCGACCUGGUCUUCGUGGUCGACGAGAAGCCGCACCACGUCUACCGGCGCGACGGCAACGACCUGUUGGCCGAGGCCCGGGUGACGCUCGCCGAGGCGCUGGGCGGCACGGUCGUCGUCCUCGCCGCGCUCGACGGCCGCGAGCUCGCCGUCGACGUAGGCGGCGGCGGCGAGGACGACGACGAGGACGCGCCGGUGGUGUGCCCCGGGUACGAGCUGGUGCUGCCGAUGGAGGGCAUGCCCAUCGCGCGCGAGCCCGGGCGCCGAGGCAGCCUCAGGAUCCGGUUCGACGUCGCGUUCCCGGAGCGGCUCACCCGCCGGCAGCGGGCGCAGAUCAAGCGCGCGCUCGAGGACGACGCCGGCGCCGGCGCCUGCUAGCGAUUAGCGUUUAGCAAUACAUGUGUCCGCUCCGCGAUUACACGGUGGCGUUGUGCUCCUGCUGCAUGCGCCUCGAGCCCUUGAAUUAUGAAAGACAGGCGCAUAUCUACAAGCUCAAAGCUGGUUAUGUGACAAUCCUUUGAUAAUAUGCUGGAUUGGGUAGAAAGGAAGGACAAACAAUUUCAUUAACAGAAUUCAUUUAUUAAUCACAAAAAAGACAAACAGUAAUAUGGAGUUGUUAGGUGGACAAGGCUAGCGAAUACUCAACUUCGUUCAGUUAAAACGUCUUAUGUAAUCUAAUAAUUGAGUGAGUACGAGUCAAGAACAUUUUCAACA